AUGAAGCCCUCACUUUUCCUCCUCGGCGCCGGCUCCGCCCUCGCUUUCCGCGACUCCAUCUCCUCGCGCUCUGACGACAUCUGCAUCUCCUCCCAACUUCUCACCGCGUCCUCGAGCAACCCCAUAUGCCGUAACAAGGACGGCGUUGAGCUCUAUAGCUCACAGGGUCAAACUCCUCUAAAGAGCUCAUCCCACACGAGCUUCGCAUGGACCAAAACUUCCCCCUGCUUCAAGAACGGAACUGAUGCCAUCGAGUUCUGCAUCUUCCACAACGCAAACUACGGCGGCAAGGGCAUCUCCAUCAUCACGGACGCCGACCGCGCUUCCCACAUCACCAAUAGCUGGGGCUUCACCAGGCCUGAGUCUCUCGCGGGCACGAACCAGCCCCUUCCCAAGUAUGAGGUUGCCGCCGUGCCCGGCAAGGAGUACGGUCUCGUGGCUACGCACCGCAUUGCUCGUGGCGAGGUCAUCAUCAAGGAGACUGCCACUCUGCUCAUCGACUAUGCUGCCUUUGCCAACGUUCCUCCCGAGGAGAUGAGGAAGAUGAAGGCUCACGCCGUCGACUACCUCAAGUUCAAUCACCGCAGCCAGUUCCUCAACAUGUCCAGCCACGGAUUCCACGGCGACCACUUGUCCAUGGUCGACAAGAUCCUCGUCACCAACUCGUUCGAUGUCGAAAUGGACGAUUCCAAGCGUGACGAUGACUUUUACGCCGUCUUUGUCAACACUUCCCGUAUGAACCACGACUGCCGCCCCAACGUCGACUACUGGUUCGACCCCCGCACCCUCACCCAACGCACCACCGCCAUCCGCGACAUCAUGCCUGGCGAGGAGCUCACUCUCUCCUAUAUCGACCCCAUGCAGUCCCGUGAGGCCCGUCGUGAACGCCUGCACUCCACCUGGGGCUUCCACUGCUCCUGCCACCACUGCACGCAGUCCCGUCUCAAGACGGACGCCUCCGAUGACCGUAUCGAGCAGAUUGCGCUCUUGCGCGAGGAGUUCAACGACUACAGCCCUGCGUCCCGCGCCACGCCUCAGAUGGCGGAGCUGCUCAUCUCCCUGUACGAGCAGGAGCAGAAUUGGAGCUUGCUGAGCGAGGCCUAUACCCUCGCGGCCAUCGAAUACAACGGCGUGGGCGAACCUUGGGUUGCCACCAAGUACGCUCGGCUAGCCAUCGAGGCCGGCCUGACGACUCUCUGGGAGGGUCACGGCGACGUCAUUGAGAUGACGAAGCUCGCUGAAGACCCGUGGUCUCACUGGAGCUGGAUGCUGCGCACGCGCAAGAGAUACAGCUGGGGCGAGAAGAGAGUUGUCGAGGUUGACAUGGAUGAAGACGAUGAUUAA